UGUGGCUUUCGUGGCCUGCAUUAAGGUCAGAGCACAUGAGAAAGCUGUGCUUUGAGGAGAGNGGUUGGCUGUGUAGGAACCAUGAUCUUUGUCUUGUGCAGACCAUCUAUCAGAACUACCAACGUAUCCGCAUCCAGGAGAGUCCCGGCAAGGUGGCGGCUGGCCGACUGCCCCGUUCCAAGGAUGCCAUUCUCCUCGCUGAUCUGGUGGACAGCUGCAAGCCAGGGGACGAGAUAGAGCUGACCGGCAUUUACCACAAUAACUAUGACGGCUCGCUUAACACCGCCAACGGCUUUCCAGUCUUUGCCACUAUCAUCUUGGCCAACCAUGUUGCCAAGAAGGACAACAAAGUCGCUGUGGGGGAGCUCACCGAUGAGGACGUGAAGAUGGUCACCGGUCUCUCCAAGGAUCAGAUGAAUGACCAGGACAGAACCAGCAUCCACGAGGCCAUGGAACAGCAAAGCAUCUCCAUCUCCAAGGCUGGCAUCGUUACCUCGCUGCAAGCCCGCUGCACUGUCAUAGCUGCUGCCAACCCCAUAGGAGGCCGCUAUGACCCUUCACUGACCUUCUCAGAGAAUGUAGACCUCACAGAGCCCAUCAUUUCCCGCUUUGAUGUCUUGUGUGUGGUGAGGGACACUGUUGAUCCAGUUCAGGCAACGGGCAGCAUUCCCAUCACGGUGCGCCACAUUGAGUCCAUGAUCCGCAUGGCCGAGGCCCAUGCACGCAUGCACCUGCGGGACUAUGUGAUGGAAGACGAUGUCAACAUGGCCAUCCGCGUGAUGAUGGAGAGCUUCAUUGACACCCAGAAGUUCAGCGUCAUGCGGAGUAUGCGCAAGACUUUUGCCCGGUAUCUCUCCUUCCGGCGAGAUAACAAUGAUCUGCUGCUCUUCAUACUGAAGCAGUUGGUGGCUGAGCAGGUGACAUAUCAACGCAACCGCUUUGGGGCCCAGCAGGACACCAUUGAAAUACCUGAGAAGGAUCUGAUGGACAAGGCCAGGCAGAUCAAUAUCCACAACCUCUCUGCCUUCUACGACAGCGACCUCUUCAAAUUUAACAAGUUCAGCCGUGACCUGAAACGCAAACUGAUCCUACAGCAGUUCUGAGACCAGCACAGGGGUCUCUAUGUCUGAAUGAGGCUCGGUCACCACGCUGAGCCUACGUCACUUCCCACUUCCACCGGGGCUUGGUGCCCUGUAGGGGUGGGAGGAUGGCUUAAUGCAGGAUGGCUUAAUGCAGACCUUUACCCGUGAGCCCCUAGGCCAAGGCUAUAGCGUUAAGUGGCUAUUUAUUCUUCUGCCCCCCUCUAGAGCACUCUUCUUGGCCAGACCCUCUGUCCAAGGCUCUUUAGAAGGCUGGGGUUGUGUUCAGGUGACAGACUUUAUCAAAACUAUUGCUGUUUUGGCAUGCAUAGUGUUUCUGGACUGUUUGUUUCCCUUUUAGACAAAGAGCAACUUAGAGGUAUUUGCAAACUUUUCCAGAACAUUCUCAAAGCCUGUGAUGGAGGAGCACAAGACCCUGUCUGCUGAGGGCCCAUGCUCCUCUUACGGGUUUCUUCCCACCUAGCCAGUGCCUUCAUUCGCUUGUUGUACAGUUUCUUGUAGUUUAUUUUUU